GGAGUGCGGUGGUUCUGACGGUCUUUCUGGUAUUACUGCUAACCCGAUGCUGGGGCGUUUCUCUGACUACGUGAUUGCUAACGGCGGUACUACCGUACUGACCGAAGUGCCGGAGAUGUUUGGCGCAGAGCAGUUGCUGAUGGACCAUUGCCGCGACGAAGCAACGUUUGAAAAACUGGUCACCAUGGUCAACGACUUCAAACAGUACUUUAUUGCCCAUGAUCAGCCGAUCUAUGAAAACCCAUCGCCGGGGAACAAAGCGGGCGGUAUCACCACGCUGGAAGACAAAUCACUUGGCUGUACCCAGAAAGCGGGUUCCAGC